AUGGCCCCAUCUACAGAAAACAAUGCUUGGAGCAUCCAGCCCCAGGAUGCGAAACGAGCUCUUGCGGAGGAUAAGUACGAUGAUUGUCUUGCAUGCAGGGUGACCGGAUCUGCCGCGUUCAUCGGCUUGGGAGUAUACAGUUACUAUUCGGGGAUGCGAAACUUGCGGAAACAAGAAACGGCCAUCAUGAAGAGUGCAACGAAAUACAAAAUGGGGUCGAGACAACUGGGUAUAUUUGGGAUAUCUGCUACGCUUGUGGGGAUGGGGAUUUGGAGGGCAUUCAACUGA